AUGACUCUCAAUUGCUUGACAUGCCAAGUUCUUAAAAGAACAGAUUCAGAAGAUGAAUUAAGGGAAAGAUUCAAUAAUGUUCAUCAAAAUAGUCCAGGAAAGUCGAAUUUUCGCCUUUUUUCGGGGAAGAUUGAGAGAAACUGGUCCGGAAACUUGGUACCAAAGCCUAGGUUUGAGAAAAAGAGGGGUCAAUCGCUUCUGGGGAAAGAAAAUACGGCGAAAAAAGGUUGUCAUAGGAUUCAUAACAGUUGUCCAAUGGAGUUCUUGACCGAUUCGCCGAAAUUGGUGAGGAGCUCUGGGAUGAGAAGGGAUUGGAGUUUUGAGGAUUUGAGGCAGAUAAUUAAACGUUGA